ACCGUACAAAAAAAAUCGAACAAUUUUCUGAACUAGAUUUUAGUCUAAAAGAACCCUCUAAAUAAUCUCUAUAAAUAGCACAAACCAAGAUCAUGGGUCAUCCCGUUUAUAUUGAUGACCAGGUCAUGUGAUAAGGAUUUUGUAUGUUUGUUCGAGAGUGAGCUGAGAUUACAAAAGCUAAACAAAAACGAUCACUGAUCAUUCAUCAUGCAGCCACUGAAAGGGUGCAUUCUUGUUACAUCUGUUGUGGUUACCAUAGCAACAGUCAUCUAUGUCAUCACCUGGUCCGUGCAUUACUUCACCGUCCCAGUCAAGUACUACGGCCCUCCGCAUCCCAACGACAAUGUACCACCGUACCCAGGAGCAACCUCAGAGAACCUAUGGUGGUUUGUACAGAUAUCAGACACUCAUCUAACUUCAGUGGAGAAUGCUGAGAAGGCAACACGGCUACGAGACUUCAAGACAUUUUGUCACGAGCAUCUGCAUAUCAUUCAACCCAUGCUGGUUCUUCAUACAGGUGACAUCACAGACGGUGCUCCUCAUGCGUCUCAGAAUAAAGAAGAUUGGAUAUCGUAUCAACAGAUCGUAUCCGAGGCUAAGCUACCUUACUCACUCAGGUGGCUGGAUGUGAGAGGAAACCAUGACAACUUCAAUGUACCCUCCCGGCUUCAUGAAAACAACUUCUACAGAGAGUAUUCCGUCCUAGGUGAAAAGGGAGACGACUCGUUUCUCUACAAGCUUGAGCUGCCCUUUGGGACCUACUCCUUCAUCCAUGUCGAUGCCCUUCUCAAGAUCGGUACCAAGAGACCUAUCAACUUCUACGGAAUCUUGGAUGAGCUGAAUGUGUACCACCUCAAGACAUUGUCCGAGAGGGCCCAGCAGACCCCCAGCAAUCAGACGAUAUAUUUUGGUCACUACCCAACCUCGACGAUUCUUGCCCCCCAUGGACUGUAUGACAUAAUUAAAGGUGGGAUAGCCUAUCUGUGUGGCCAUCUUCAUGAUCUAGACUUGAAGCAUGGGAUCAAGAGGAUGUAUGUCCUCCAGAGGUAUGGCAGUCUGGAACUUGAGCUGGAAGACUGGAAGAAACACAGAAAAUUUCGCGUGAUGGCCUUUGACCAUGAUAUGCUGUCCUUCACCGAUGUCCAGUUUGGUGAAUGGCCAGUCAUUCUGAUCACCAAUCCUAAACCAGCACGGUUCCUGGCCCCAGGGCAUGAACCAGAAAAGAAGAUGUCCCAUUCAACUCAUAUAAGAAUACUUGUUUUCUCUCCAAGAACAAUCAAACAAGUCAAGGUGGAGAUUGAUUUUAAACCACUGGGCCUAGCUAAACAAGUGAAUGAAGGACCUCUCUUCGUUUUGCCAUGGAAACCGGAUCGUUAUUCAAAUGGUCUGCAUUUAAUUGAAGUCAAAGUCAAGGAUGCAGCAGGGAGGUAUAAAACAGUUAGUCGAGAGUUUUCCCUCGAUCAGUCGAGGCCUAACCAACCUUUCUUGUCAUCACUUGUCAUCAUGAUCAACAGCUUUAUCUUUUUGGUGUUAUGGAUCAUUGGCUUAGAAUGUUUGUGUGUGCUUCCACUUGUUUUCUUUAGAAGAUACACAGAGAGACCCAAAGCUGGUCAACGACCCUCUGUUGUCUGCUACGCUCACUUUCGCCGCAUAGGUACGUCAGGAAAUCCUCUCUUGUACGGCUUACUCCUCCUUGUUCACACCAAUGAUAUCUAUUAUCCUCUCAUCUCAAUAGCUUUAUAUCCUGUCAUAGGUCCAUGGUUGAUAGGAGAGGUAGUAACAGACAUGUAUGGAACAUUGACAUUGUAUGGAAUCUAUGUCAACUCAACAUUUAUCGGUGAUAAGUUUCCAAUGCUGUACUUUGUUACUGAUCUCCUCUGUUUUCAUCUUCCCCUGACCCUCUUCUGCCUCCUCCAUCUCUCAAGAGCCUAUCACCUCCAAAACAAGCAUUCUACUCAUCACUAUGGAAACGGCAACAAGAAUGGGAGGAGAUUGGUGGACAUUGUUCUCGUCAUAAUCAGCAUCUUUUUGCUCAAGUCGGUUCUGAGCAGGUCUUUCGGCACGAUCGCAAAGUUGACUCAUUGGUACGGUCAACUCGCCUUGCUAGUGUCUCCCAAGUACACCUGGACACUCCUGGUAGCACUGUACGUUGGAGGCAAAUGUGUGUUUAUAGGUUACAGAGGGGCGCAUACGCCAACAAGAACAGUUGGGACCGAAGAGAUGGAAAAUAGUGAAAAAUAAAUCUGCCACAGUUUUACACUAGUUUUAUCCAAAGAAGACUUACCUUGGUGAAAUAGAUUUACUAUUACCUCAUGAAAUAGAUUUACCAUCUCACUCAUAAACAUUUAAUAUACAUGUAUAUUUGAACUAUAUUCAUGUUGUAUAUAUAUAUGAUUUGAUUUCGUACACUAGCAUGCUGUGCAUGUCUCAUUGAUGAAGAGUUGUAUGAAUUCUUGCCAAUCGUAAAAUAGUAUAAAUGUGAAGAUUAGACUUUGAUUUGAAAGGUGCCAUAAUGAUUGACAUAAUAGAUGCAUUACUUGUUGGUGCCAGAUUUAUCAUUUUAAUUGCAAAAAGACAGUGUUAGUUUGAAGUUUUGUCAUUAAUGAUGAUCUGAUGUCGCAAUCUCUGCUACCAUUUAAUAGAUGUACAAAGUUUCAUUUUUUCUAAAAAUUUAAAAUUUACGUUACUAUGACAACUUGACUAGUAUUAUUUCGAAAAGUUAAAACAUAUUUUGAUAUUCAUUUCUACUGUCAAUGUAAAGUUAAUGUGUGGUAAGAUUUGAAUGGUUCUUCCCCCAAAAAAAAUCUUCCUUUGGGAUGGGAAGGAAAUAUUCUAGACGAUUAUAAUGAAAUAUCAUAAAAAUGUAAAUUGAGGACUUGACAACUUUCACAAGUUAUAUAUGUACAAGUUUCACAAGUUAUGUCACAAUGCAAGCUGUCUGGUAAGGGAAGAGACCUUUUCUUAUUCUCAAAUUUAGCUGCUUUAAAUUUUGCCAUAAUUUUGAGCAAGAACUACAUUGAGUUGUAAAAUGAAUUAGAUCAGUAAAAUUUGUUAUUGUUUUUUGCUGGUAAUGCAUGGUACAGACAUUUUUCAUUCUAUUAUACUCUGACUUGAAGGAACUAGAAAAGGAGUGUGUUGUAGCUGAUAAUUUUUUUUCUUCCAGAUGUGGAAUAUAGACAAACCCCAACACGAUUUAAUACAAAUAUCUUUGCUUUAAAAAAAUGCAUAUCUUCUACAGGAAAAUAUUGAAUGUUUUCAAUUGUACUACAGACUUAAUGAUAAACACAUAGUCAGACAUCACCUAGACAUGUAUCUGCAUGUGCACGUUGAGCAUACAGUCAAACCUGUCUAUAAAGGCCACCCAAGGAAACCAAAAAAGUGGCCACUGUAGAUGGGUUCUACAACACUCAUUUCUCUCUCUCUCUCUCUCUCUCUCUCUCUCUCGAUCUCGAGGGAGACAAUGACCACUAUAGACAGGUUUGACUGUAUUUGGUUUACCUUUCUAGGGUCACAUUUCAAUGCGUUAUAUUUUAUUUAAUGUUACAAAAAGAGGGCAUUACACCACUUGUUAGCAAUAGUCAGUUCAACAUCUCUUUCUUUCACUUUGUGCUAUACCCGUACAAAAACAACAACAUGGUACUACCAUGGCUUUAUAUAUACCGUGUUCAAAAAGUUCGUUCCGCCCCUAUCUGCCAACUCAACUGAUCAUUAUGACUACUUUAGUAAUAGCGCAGUCUGUUACCAACCAAAUGUACUGGAUGCAUCCAGCCUGCAAAAAUUGACCACACCUUUUGCUGGGCUGAAAUACGAGGGCAAAAAUUGAAAAGGAGGAAUUUAAAGGGUCUGUAAACCUCGGACAUUUAAAGAUGGCGCCCAACAAGACCAACAGUAACUUGGAGAAGGAAAGAGAACUGGCCAGAAAAUUUGACAGAAAUGAACCCCAUAGAGAAACUAUGGUCUAUUAUAAAAGAAAAAAUAUUGAAACUCAAUACUGCAAAACAAUAACUCAACUUAAAUGGGGGAUCCGGUGAGCAUAGAAAAGCCUAGACAUGAAUAAGGACCUCCUUGCAUCAUUAGUGGACUAUAACUGGACCAAGCGUGUUUCACAGGUGAUCGACCACCAAGGAGAGAUAAAUUUUUAAUAAAUUGGAAAGUGAUAUCUCUAAUAAUGCUUAGAAAUGAGAAAAUUAAUCAAAUAACCUGAAAUGCAUGGUGCAAAUUGAGUUUUAAACGCAAUAAAAUGCUUUUCUGUAGGGGGCGGAACGAACUUAUCGAACACCGUAUAUGUAGUGUACCAUAAUACUGUGUACCAUGGUAAUCUUUUACAAGGGCAUGACUUUGUAUCGUGCAGGCAAAAGACAAGAAAUUAUGAAUUACCUUUUUUUUAAAGUUUAUAUGAAUUGCAAUAAAAUGUAAGUGCAAUUACUUUGUCUAAUUCUAUUGUAUUUAGUUAUUUGUUUUUCAACAAUGUACACAAUGUGUAUUUCUGUUAUGCAAGUAACUGGUACCGGUAUACCUCCUGGUAGUGUGUAAACCAAUAUUUUCUGUCUCUUUUCAUACUUUCAGUAAUUUUACUUUGUUCAUUCACUUGUAAUGUUAAUUAUCAAAUGAAAUAAAAACUAUGAAUCAUUUUGAACCAAAACAAU